AUGCCAAACUCAUCAGCCGUGCCUGCAGUCUUGGGGUGGAGGGAUGAACAGUUAGAUCAGGUUCAGUGUGACUUCGUGGCAGAAUUUUUGAGAGUGGACCAAGACAAAGACAGAGAAUGCAGCCUGGACUGUGCAGGUUCCCCUCAGAAAUCACUCUGUGCAUCUGAUGGAAGAACCUUUCUGUCCCGAUGUGAAUUUCAGCGAGCAAAAUGCAAAGACCCUCAGCUGGAAAUAGCCUACCGGGGCAACUGCAAAGAUGUUUCUAGGUGUGUGGCCGAGAGGAAGUACACCCAGGAACAAGCUCGCAAGGAAUUUCAACAAGUGUUUAUCCCAGAAUGCAAUGACGAUGGCACAUAUAGUCAGGUUCAGUGCCAUAGUUACACUGGAUACUGCUGGUGUGUCACUCCCAAUGGUCGCCCUAUCAGUGGUACUGCUGUGGCCCACAAAACUCCCCGGUGCCCAGGUUCAGUGAGUGAGAAGCUGCCACAACGAGAAGGUGCAGGAAAAACAGAUGAUGCCUCAGCUCCCGCGCUGGAGACUCAGCCUCAAGGUGAUGAAGAAGAUAUAGCUUCUCGUUAUCCUACGUUAUGGACUGAGCAAGUAAAGAGUAGACAAAACAAAACCAAUAAAAGCUCAGCAUCAUCAUGUGAUCAAGAACUUCAGUCAGCCCUGGAGGAAGCCAAACAGCCCCAGAAAGACAAUGUGUUCAUUCCAGAGUGUGCUCAGGGUGGCCUCUACAAACCAGUGCAGUGCCAUCCUUCCACGGGCUACUGCUGGUGUGUUCUGGUGGAUACGGGACGUCCCAUCCCUGGUACAUCAACCAGGUAUGAACAACCUAAGUGUGAUAAUGGUGCCAGAGCGCACCCAAGCAGAACAAAGGAUUUGUACAAAGGACGCCAGCUUCAAG